CGUCAGCAGGCCACACGGCAGCAGUGCCACGUCAGCAACCAGUCCCGGCGGCAGCAGGACACGUCAGUGCAUGGUGCUCACCCGCUCAAAGACAAGCGGCAUGGAGCAGCAGUCAGGCGAGACUACCGAGGCCUAUGAGGCGCGCAUGCUGGACAUGGUAGCAGACUACAAGCAACGGGCAGCUGCGGCAACAUCCGUACGUAAGAAGGAAGAUGAGGACGUAGGGGAACAGCGUCGCCUCGCUGAACAGCAGCGACAGGCGGACGCUGAGGCAGCAGCAACGGCCGCAGACGAACGUCGUCGACUACGCCGAGACAAACUCCUCGGAUGCGAGGGGGAUAUCGAGGUGAUCGCUGGCGAAUGGGCAGUGGCUGCUGAAGAGGAGGGUGCCCCCUCUGCUGUGCGUGGCCUUGCAACCACAAUCGAACAUGUGAGCGACUUGGUCGCCACCUGUGCAGCACAGCAAGAGGACAUCCUUUGCAUGGACACCCUGGUCCGGAAGCAGAUUCGCGUUAUUGAUGAACUGCUUGACCGGGUACCGGAUGACGAAGCUGCGGUGGGGGACAUCCUUGCGUAUGUUACCAAGGUGGCCCGCGAGUUUCGCAUGCAAUGGUACGAUGAUAACAACGCACCGCUCCUUUAUGUCCGCAUCCAAGUUGGGCAAGUGUCCUGUAGCACUUUGCUGGAUCGCGGCACGACUUACAAUUUCAUCAGCCAGUCCUUUAUCCAAAGGGCCGGCCUUGGCGCUCAAGUUCGAAGGAAGCCAAACCCGACGACGAUCAAGUUGGCGGACGGUUGGAUGCAACAACUCCUCGAUCGCUACAUUGAAGCCGUGCCGGUUUAUUUCGCACCUCGUACCUGCGAACCGGUGACGUUUGACGUCUUGGACACGGACUUCGACAUUAUAUUGGGGAUGCCUUGGCUUGCAAGUGCGGAUCACAUGGUUAACUUCCAUCAGCGGACAUUUACCGUUCGCGACGCCUUCGGCGCCAAGGUGCCGUGUACCAUUCCUCUUCCGCACUCCUCGAUCCGGUGCCAAGUUGUAACGACCAAGUCUUUUCGGGCCACUUGCGCUUACGAGCGGACCGAGGAGAUAGGCCUAUGUUUUCUACGAGCCACCGCGACGACCGAAUCUUCACCUACGGACUUCUCUUUGGACCCUCGAGUGGCGCGGCUUCUCGACGAGUUCACCGACAUCAUCGAGUCUCCUACGGGUGUGGUGCCUGAUCGGCCGAUCUCCCACAAGAUCAUUCUUGAGGCUGCUGUCGUGCCGCCGAAAGAAUGCAUCUAUCGCAUGAGCGAGGAGGAGCUUGAGAUUCUCCACGCUCAACUCGACGAUCUUUCGGACAAGGGCUGGAUCCGCCCUAGUAGCUCACCAUACGCCGGCUACUAUCAACGCUUCAUCAAGGGCUACUCGAAGAUCGCGGCUCCUUCAUCCAAGCUUCAAUGCGAGGACCGGCCAUUCAACAUCGAUGACCAUGCACAGACUUCAUUUUUGGCUCUCAAAACCUCAUUGCUAUCCGCGGAGGUGUUGCGCAUCUACGAUCCGCUUUUGCCGACACGUGUCACUAUCGAUGCGUCCGGCUAUGGCAUUGGUGCCGUCCUCGAGCAACAUGACGGUGUGGACUGGCACCCGAUCGAGUACUUUAGCAAGAAUGUGUCCGCCGUACACUCGAUUGACGACGCACGGAAGAAUGAAUUAUUGGCCUUUGUACAUGCGCUCAAGCGCUGGCGGCAUUUUCUUCUCGAUCGACAACAGUUCCGAUGGGUAACAGAUAACAAUCCAUUGGUCUUCUACAAGACCCAAGACAUGGUCAAUAACAUCAUUGCCCGUUGGAUGGCCUUCAUCGACCAGUUUGACUUUUUCCCCGACAACAUUCUGGGCAAGUCAAACCGUUUUGCGGAUGCUCUUUCACGACGUCUGAACCAUUGUACCGCAGUCUACUCAACUGUUGAGAUUAACGACGACUUGCGAGACAGCUACAUCCUCGGCUACCAAGUCGACCCCGAGUUUUGCGACAAGUACGCAAAUUGCUCCUCUCCUAAUCCGGUGCCUUCUCACUACUGGAUUCAAGAGGGGUACUUGCUUGUCCAUACGCGGGGAAAGGACCUUCUUUGCGCACCGAGUGAUCCUUACUUGCGUACACGGCUUCUUGGCGAAUUCCAAGAUGCUCUCGCCACCGGACACUUUGGAGUCAAUCGCACGAUUGGCCGACUUCGCGAGCGAUUUUGGUGGCCAAGCCUUCUCGGCGGCGUCACACGCUAUUGUGAGUCACGCGAGGUUUGCCGACGCUGCAAAUCCCACAACCAUCGUCCGAACGGCGAGUUACGACUAUUACCGGUCCCUUUGAGGCGAAUGGAAGUGAUUGCCAUGGACAUUACUGGGUCGUUCCCCAAGCACAAAACCGGCGUGGAUGGAAUUCUCACGGUGGUCGACCGACUUACCAAGUUCGCCAUGUUUUUGCCUUGCCGCUAUCAUGCCAAGGCACCGGAGUUGGCCGAGGUUCUCUACGCCGGUUGGAUUUGAACCAAGGGUUACCCCAAGGAAAUCGUCUACGACCGC